AAACCAUUAGGCGAGAGCGGAGGGAGGGAGAGGCGGAUUGAGGGUGGGAGAUCGGCUGCCUGGGCGUUUGGCGGCGAGAAUGCAGAUGGGUGGCUGAGGCGGAGACUGCAGCGGGACACGGAGGCUGCUACCCGGGCUAUGUCCCUGUGAUAAUGUCGCUUCUUGCGGCGCUGGCACUCAGCCUGCUGAGCUUGUGGAGCUGCGGGCUGCGGGCAGCGCUGGGCAAAGCGCUGGGCGUUCACGAGGUGUCUAUAAAAGUGCAAGUCUUCGACAACGGUGACCUGUCUCCUCUGGCAGAGGCCGCCGUGGAUGUUUACACAAACCAGUCGUGGUUAGCUGCAGGAACGACGGACAGGGAUGGCGUGGCACUGAUCACCGUACAGUACCGACUGGGAACAUGGCUGGUCGUCAGCGCUGCAAAGCACGGCUUCGUCACCAACUCUGCCCCCUGGCACGCCAAAAAAACUCCACUGUUUACGUCGGUGAGCCUCUAUCUCCUACCGGAGCGACCAGCGACCUUAAUGCUGUACGAUGACGUGGUGCAGAUCCUGCUGGGAUCGCCGGGUGCCAAGAAUCAACCGUGGGUCCAGUUCAGAAGGAAGAAUGUUGGGCUUCCAGAAAACACUUCGUACAGUGAUCUGUCUGCCUUCCUCACCACGGCCAAUGAUGACACGGGAGUGGAGCGAUUCCCCUAUCUCCUGGGCUACGAAGCCAAUAAAACAGUGAAUCGCUCCAGGUUUGAACUGACUCCUGUGGCUGCCAUCAGCAUUCACCUGUUCACCAGCAAUGGGUCUCGUGUCAAAGUCUCGGGCCCCAUUGACGUCUCUGUUCCUUUGCCCACUGACGGCCUUGUGACAACUAUGAGAAACAUCCCAGUCUGGAGGUUUGAGAGGAAGAUUGGGGUUUGGGUGAGGAGUGGGACCGGGAUGAUCAUGAAGGACGGGAGCCAGCUCACCUGGGUGUACCGCGCUCCACAGCUGGGUUACUGGGCAGCAGCCCUGCUUCCCUUAAACCAAGCUGCAGUCAACACAUCAAGGUUUGGAGACCUGGGCACCUACCACACCAUAUUCUUGCUCACCAUCCUUGGAGCCAUGGCUCUCCUGGUCCUGGUGCUCCUGUGCUUGCUUCUCUAUUACUGCAGGCGAAGAUGUCUAAAACCACGGCAACAUCACCGAAAAUUGCAGAUUGCUUCCACGUUGGACAACUCCAAGAAGGACCAGGCCACCUCCAUGUCUCACAUCAACUUGAUCAGUACCAGCCACCUGGAGUCGGUGUCCUCCAAUGGGGACAUGGACAUUCACACACCCAUCCUGAAGUCCGCCUUUAGUACCUCUCGAGAGUUUGAGAGCUCUCGAGAAGAGUUCUUCAAACAGAUUCCGUAUAGGGAAUCGGGUCCAAAGAUGAGGCACAUUAGCAAAGCAUCCACUGACACUCUGGCCCACAGAGGGAAUUCCAAGGAAGACUACCACAGGACGGUGGAGAGCUAUCCGCUGAAGGUUGCAAGGUCCAUGGACGCUUCAGGAGAGCUGGAACCGCCUCUGAUGGAUGACUACAGACGCAGCUAUAAUUCGAUGGUCUCACAGCAACCGACAGACGAAAAGGGUAGAGAGAUUCAGGGCCGGCGUGUUUUGGCUGAAAGUAAACUGUGUGCAAAUGAUCCACCCUCACCCCCCCCACUGCCACCACCUUUCGAAUCUCUUGUUGGCCACAAAAUGGAUAAUAAGCCUUCGGAAUACAUGAUGUCCCAAUCUGUUGACCAUCUGGCCAGGCCUACAACCCUGUCCCAGCACGGUCAACUAAUCUUCUGUGGAUCAAUCGAUCACAUGAAAGACAACAUGUACAGGAAUGUAAUGCCUACUUUGGUCAUUCCCGCCCAUUACGUGGGAUUAACUUCCGAUUAUCCUUGCAUGGACCCGUCAGCAAGCGGCCCAAUGGAACAGAUGGAGAUGAAAGGGAUGCAGAUGGGAGUCCCAUUGUCCCAUCAGCCUGGAGCUCAGCAGUAUCAACACCAAGGCCAACAGGCGACCCCUCAGUCAGACGAUGGAGAAGACAAACCCUGGGGCCCCCAUUCCUCUUCCAUGAGCGGCCCAAUGGCGGUAUUGCUGAACGAGUCAGCGAUGGCACAGAUGAAUGGGGAGCUGCAGGCAUUGACCGAGAAGAAGUUCUUGGAGCUGGGGGUGAAGCCUCAGCACCCCAGGGCCUGGUUUGUGUCGUUGGAUGGCAGAUCCAAUGCUCACGUUCGGCACUCCUACAUCGACCUGCAGACCGGGGAGAGGAUCGGCAGCAACGGCGCCAGUCUGGAUUCUGGUGUGGACGUGAACGAGACCAAGGCUGGGAGGAAGCCCAAGGAGGAGCGGGAGAGGCACGGUCCCGGGAACAUGGCCUACAGCAAACUGGUCUACGUGGAGGACAAUGAGCAGAGCAGCAGUGAAAGCAGAACGGCGGUCUGUUCACCAGAGGACAACUCGCUGACUCCUCUGCUGGAGGAGAGCUCCGAGCACAGGCAGACCCUCCAUCGAGAGCACAGCAGAGGCAACAGCAUGAGGAGCAGCAUGAGCGAGACCCGCAGGGAUUCCACCACCAGCCCAGAGGAGGAGAUGCAGGAUCAGUCUGAAGGUGGCGACGACCAAGGGGAGAACAAAAAGAGCCCUUGGCAGAAGAGGGAGGAGCGGCCAUUGAUGGUGUUUAACCUGAAGUGAACGGGCCUACUUGACUUUUCCAACACCUUGAAUCAAAUCUUCACAAGUUUUUUGAAAGCGCAUCAGCAUCCCGUGAGAAAACCUGAGCACAAACAACGGAAAUCGAUGAAGUCUAGAGUAACAAAACCCAACAUGGCCUCUUGUAUUAGGACCCUUGGACCCAGGGAGCAGCAAAAUCAUUCUCCCAGAACUUGUGCAACUUUAUAUCGCUAAGCUGAAACAAUGGUUGAAAAGGAAGGAAGGAUCUCAGUGACGCAACUGCAUGUCUUCUGUAAGGGCGGAUUGGACAAGCAUUCAUGUUGUCUUUAGAACUUAUAACUGAGUUUUUGUAAAAAAAAAAAAAAAAGUCAUUGUGGUACCAACCCACACAAUAAACUCACUGAAUUUUGUUUUUCCUGAGGAAGAUGAAAAGACUAUAUAAAGGUUCAGUCCUUUUUGUUAUUUUAAUUGGAACAACCCUACCAAAUGAAGCAUUUUCAUGCUUGAGGAUCAGUAAUUUUACAUGUCAUGGCUUUUUUGAAUCGAGGCUUUUUUGGAAGGUAGAUUUUCUUUUCCUUUUUGUGUACCGUGCUUUCCUUAACUUGACCCCAAACCAUCUCCAGUAGCAGACCAUUUAGAUCUGGUCCAGGACUCUCCAAGUGCCUUCUUUAUGUCUAAGUUGUGCAACAACAAAAAACGGAGGGAAAGCAACUCUUAUUGACUGUACCGAUGUGAAGUGGAGAGUGGUGAUCAGGAGCCUGAAGUUAGGAAGUCAAAGAUUUUUAUACUUGUUUUGUAAUGUUUAAUAUGUGCAGAAACAGCUAAAGAAAUGUAUCCCCAUUGCCACUGUGAUUUUUCCUGGACUCUGGUCAAUAUACCAGGUAGGAAACGCUAAUCUGUAUACAGUUUGUUCACAACAGCGUUUAAUACAUAAGAUUCAUCUGAGUUGAUUACUUAAUCAAUAUGGGAGAUGAAAGAUGAGAAGAAGACCUAUUAAUGAUGCAUUUGUAAAUCUUUUGUGUAGAUCAGCUAAUCUACAUGACAACUGGAAUUCUGCUGCAGCGAUCGUAGGUGUAAGGCUGGAGUGGCCAGUUCACGGGGUGGAAUGUGUGGGAAAAGUGGGACAAAUGUAUCCAUUUGUCCUGAAGAUAAGAGUGGGACAGUGACGGAGGGGAGGAUGAGUGGGCCAGUGCCUUGAAAAUGAGCAGCCCUCUGUUUAUUGUCCUCGUGGGAUAUGUGGGGGUCCAUGAAGACUUACGAUGGUGAGGUCCAUGAAGGUUAUGGCAUUGGUCCAUGGAGACAUGAUGGUGAGAUCCAUGAAGAGUUAUGGCAUUGUUCCAUGGAGAGGAGGAUCCUUAGACUGAGGACGGACCCAUUUCAUAUGUAGAUGCAAGGAACUGCAGAUGCUGGUUUACAGAAAAGGACACAAAUUGCUGGAGUAACUGAAGCGGGUUAGACAGCAUUUAUAGGUGAUGAUUCCAACCAAAAAAAGUCGCCUAUCCAUGUUCUCCAUAGAUGCCACUUGACCCACUGAAGUUAGUCCAUGUUAUGUGUAGUUUGGGAUGAUACAAUAUUACUGGGACAGUGUCUACCAUGUUCUGGAUGCGGCUUUGUUGGAGCAAGUCAAAGGGUGAAACAUGGGGGUGAGUAACAGGUUUGAAGAGUAUCCCAUCAAUGAGGAUUCUUCACUGGUUUGCCCAGGACCAUUACUGCCAUAAGAUUUGCUCACUGCCCUAUACCCACACAGCUCCUCCACCUCUUGGUAUCAAGGUUGUUUAGGCCUCCAUGAGAAACCAAAUUCAUCGCAUCCUGCUGUCCCAAUGCAGCUGUGACCAGGGCAUCAACGUAGGUCAGGUCUCCCCCCCUGAUCAACCACACAGGUCUGCCAACUAGACCCUUACACCGGUCAUUGUAAGUAACACACUUGCAACUCCAUUGUUCUGUCAUUUAAGGAUAAAUGAUUUUAUUUUCUUCAACGUAUGAAUUAGUUGUUAAAUCAACUUGAACCGAACGGUAAAAGACAAUUUUACUUCUUUUGAAUCCCUUUAGUUUAAUAUCUACGAGCACUAUAUACUUCUGAAGAUGACUGAUUUGUGGUUGAAAACAUAAUAAAAUAUUUAAUUAGGGUUUUCCAAACAAGUAUUUAUUUGUUCCUAUUUGGGCAUUGCCAGCAAGGUCAGCAUUUAAAGCUUGUUGUAAAGUGUUGUAUGAAAGGGUGAUGAGUGGUCUUUCUAAACCACUGCAGUCCCUGUUGUGAAGAUAUUGCUAUUGAUUCAGCCCCAUGAUUUUAUUUCCAGGAAGGAUCAGCUAUAUUCUUCCAAGCUGAGUUAUAAAGUCAUCGCUUGGAAGCAGGCCCUUCAGCCCAACUUGCCUUUGCUGACCAAGAUGCCACAUCUACAGAUGUCCCAAACCUGCUCACGUUGGGCCCAUAUCCCUCUAAACCUUUCCUAUCCAUGUAUCUGUCCAAGUAUCUAUUAAAUGUUGCUAUGGUAGAUGUCUCAACUACCCCCUCUGGCAGCUUAUUCCAUAAACCCACCAGAAAAAGGUUGCCCUUUAGGUUCCUAUUAAAUCUCUCCCUUCUCGCCUUAAACCUAUGUCCUGAGGUUCUUGAUUCUCCAACUGGGUGAGAGACCCUGUGUAUCAACGCUAUCUAUUCCCCACAUGAUCUUAUAUACUUCUAUAAGAUCACUCCUCAUUUUCCUGCGCUCCUAGAUAGGAAGUCCAAGCCUGCCCAGCCUCCCCCUGUAGCUCAGGCCCUCGAGACCUGGCAACAUCCUCGUUCCUCCAGCACUUUGUGCUUUGCUCUGUACAGUGUGCUCCCUUCAAAGUUCAGCUUGUGUGUGAUCCUGUGCUUUGACUCAAUUUAACAAUAGAUAGCUGCAGGAAAUAGAUCUGACAUGUUUGCUUUCUUUUUAUGGAUCGAGUAUUUCCUGUUGAAUAACUGGAUAUAGAGUAUGAACACAUAUUGCAUAUUGCUAGAUGUGGGUUCAAACACAGCUCAGGGUGAUUGGGCGGUGGGUGGGUGGGGGGGAGGAGAUAUUUCAUCUGAAUAUAUCCAGUAACUUUAGCCACAGUUUGCAGGACAUACUACAAUUGAACCCAAGUCAAAAUCCCAUGGUUGAGACAAAGAGAAGAAACUUUACUCCAAUAACCCCUGACACCCUGUGUCACUGACAGAAUGAAUUCCAGUGAUCAUUAAGGUUAGAAAGACCUGGAAAUGUCCCACUCCCAAUGUGAUUGAUUCAUACUAAAGAAAAUAAUUUAUUUGCAAUACUGAAUCUGACUAUUAAAGACAUAAACCA